AAAGCAUCGUGUUGUUCGAGACCGGUAAAAUUUCCCUGCAAAAUGAUUGAUGCAAGUUUAAUUGUUGGAAUUUCGGCCACCAUUGUAUCGUUUGUAAUUGGCUACACUAUUGCAAAACUACCACGCUUAGGAGAUGGAAAUUCUGCAUCAUCUAACAACCAAUCUUCUCCAGAUGAAGGAACGGACAAGGUGUUUGCCGAUAUGGGUGGCGAGUAUAAGAUGGUGCUGGUGGUGCGAAAUGAUUUGAAAAUGGGCAAAGGUAAGAUAGCGGCACAGUGUGGUCACGCGGCCGUUGGUGCAUUCGAGAGCGGACUUCGCAACACGCCGGCAGCCAUUCGCAAGUGGCAAAACAGUGGACAGGCAAAAAUAGCACUAAAAGUUGACAAUGAAGUGGCGUUGAUGGAGGUCUAUCGUUCCGCGAAGGCGAAUAAGCUCAACUGCUGCAUGAUACGCGAUGCCGGACGUACACAGAUUGAACCGAACACUAAAACCGUGCUUGCUGUUGGACCAGCGCCCGUUGUGGCCGUGGACAGUGUUACGGGUCAUUUGAAGCUACUGUGA